AUGGAAGAUAAAACAUAUAUCAGUAACGACGAGCUCAGUCUAAAACUCUUUAAGUUACGUUUUAAGUAUGAUUGGCUAUUUAAGAAAAAGAAACAAGCUUGGAGUGAAUUUUAUAAGAUAUUACUUGAAAAUGGAUUUCCAAAAGAUAUGCCUGUGUCAUAUAUUAGGAAAAAGUGGACAUAUACUUAUGAUUGUUAUAAAAUAGCAAAAAGGGAUAAGAAUACUAGUUGGAAGUACUAUAAAAUGUUUGAUAAACAUUUUGGUAAAAAAGUUAUUUUGGACCCAAAAUACCAAUCUUGGAAUGACGAAUGGCGACUUAAAUUAAUAAUAUGUAUAACUGAAACUAAGCAAAUGAAUUUUGAUAAUUUUACAAUGUGGAGAACUGUGGAACAGGCUAUGCGGUCCCAGGAUAUGCCGAGUGCAUGUUGUGUUCAAGAUAUGAAAGGGCUUUGGCACCAUUUGAAAAUGACAUUUAACCGAAAACACAGGCUAAAACUAAAGAAACAAAAAUGCGAUUGGGCUUUAUAUGAUUCUGUGUUGGAAUAUUUCAAGACGUCAGAACCGGAAUACUUAGUUAGACUCGAAACAUUGCCAGCGAGGGAAGUUCUCAAAACGUUAUAUAGGAAAGGCCAUACGAAAGUCAAUGACGAGAACGAAGAUUCAAAUUUUCAUUGGACCAAAGAUAUAACGGAGUCGCUCAUACAAAUACGUCUACAGAAUGAUUGGAUUUUCAAAGAAUCAAAAUGGGCUUGGAGCAAAAUGCGGAACGUACUGGUGGAGGAAAAUGGUUUUCCAAGUUCACUAAGAGCAAGGGACUUGCGUAAGAAAUGGUCUUCGUUAUUUUUUGACUACCAGAAGGCAAAGGCGACUGAAAACAAAUCAUGGUUAUAUUAUACGUUAUUUGAAUUAUAUCUUGGAGAAGGGAAUCUCAGCUUGAAUCCACUAUCAGGAUGGGAAGAGGAAUGGGUCAAAAACUUUAUAAAAAUAAGAGUUGAUUUAGAUUAUUUGUUUGUAUCGGAAAAGAAUUACUACUGCGAGGGAUGGAGGAAAGUGGAGCAACAGUUAAGGGCAAUGGGUUUACCUUUAGAUCAUAGUUUGUUAGGUCUGCCCCAAAUGUGGGAUCAUUUGACGAAAAUAUUUAAGUGGAAAAGAAAAUUCUUCAUCAAAGGCAUGUUGACGGAACAAUGGCCAUAUUUCGAUUUAAUGCAUCAAUUCACGGAUGCGCAGGAGCAGAAACAAAAAAAUGACAUAGAUGAUGAUAAUCACGAUUAUGAUGAUGAUAUGAAGUUGAUUGAUAUCAAAAAGCUGAUUAAACCUAAAUAUGAGGUCUUGGAACCAAAUCAUUGCAGAUCGUGUUCCAAUGAUGAAGCAUGUGUGAGCUUGUUUGAUCAUCGCGAUGACGAUGGAGUGGAUUUGGCUUCGAAGCUACGACUUAUUGGGGGUGUUGAGAUCGAACCAUCAGAUUCCUUACCAUAUAACAUAUGUCUUACAUGCCUUCAAGAACUGGAAACAGCCUACAAAUUCCGACGAAAGUGUCAAGAAGUAGACAAAGAGUUGCGUGAAAAAAAUAAACACAAUGAAAAUUCUGUUAAAAUAGAACUAACCAUAGACAAAGAUAUACCUCAAGAUGAAAACGACAAUUUCGAUAAUAUGGAAACCGAUAUGGACUUCGAAGUACCCAUAGAAGAUAUAUCCAACAAAGUCAAAGCGAAACCAGUGAAAGUGAAAAAGAUUUUGGUUCGAAAGAAAUAUCCGAAAUAUGAUUAUUGGAAAGUUUGUGAAAUAUGCGGAAAGAACACGAGGAAUCUCGCAACACAUUUGGAGUCGCACUCGACGGACCGGAUCUACUCCUGCUCAAUUUGCCAGAGGACGUUCAAGUUCAAAAGCGGGCUGAGUCUGCACAAAGCGACCCACGAACCACCAAAGAAAACCUGCGAAGUUUGCGGAAAGAAAUUCCACAUAGCCGCACAAUAUCGCCGCCAUUUCCAAUACCACGCGAAUGAGAGGAAGUUUGAGUGCGAGACUUGUGGGAAAAGGUUCAAUUCGUCGGAUAUUUUGAGGGUACAUUCGAGAUCGCAUACGGAUGAAAGGCCUAACGCGUGUCCAGAGUGUGGGAAGACGUUCCGUACAGGGGGCUGUGUGAGUCGACAUAGACGGAUUGUCCAUCAUAUCAGAAAGAAGCCACAAGAACAAAUAAAUAGUUAG